AUGGCUUUCAAACGAAAGGAUGUGAAAAAGUCUUCAUAUUAUGUGUGGUUUCUCGGGGCCAAGGAGUCCAAGGGGUUGCGUGGGGACGAGUAUGUGGUGCCAGUGCUCCAGUUCCUCAUCGACAAGGAGCGACAACUGGAACCAUCGAAAGUGACACUUCAGGUGAACAACAAAGGCAUCAAAAUUGUUCAGACAUUGAUUGUGCCGAAGAAGAGCAGUGCUGUCGUCGGCGGCGCCUCCCCUCACAAGUCGUCCACCAGUCUGUUCAGCACCAGUAGCUCACCAAAGACUGAGCAAAUCAAACACAUGAUACCCCAUCACUCCAUUACGUGGGUCUCCCAGGAGGAGGACAUCAUUUGCUGCAUUUUGUUGAUAUACAACCCGAUCACCAAAUGCCCGGUUCACGUGCACGCCUACCGGUGCGACUCCAUCGAGACGGCCACCUCUCUGCGAAAUCAGUUGCAAAUACUCAUCGAUCGGCCGGAAAAUCAGAAAAAGUUUCGCGAAAUCGAGAUCCGAUUGGCCGCCAAAGGGCUUAUGCCUACCGCUAGUCCGGUUCCGCCGCUCCCGGGCCUCGACUUCAUGCCGUCCGCCCGAAAAACUCUCAACUCUGACGGCCGGAGCACACGGACGGAGGGCUCGGAUAACUCGGACGAGUCGUAUGAGGGCUCAUCAUAUCUGGGAUACCAUCACAACAACACCAGUCAUCACAACACGACAAACGCGAGACAAGAAGCGCCACAAAAGCACUCCAAACUGAGUCGGAGUCACUCAACGGUCAAUAAUAGCGCCGUUAAUGACAACCAAAACACUCGUAAUAGUAGUACCGGUGCUCGCAAUGAGCGUAACGUCUCCACGCUGUACGAGUCGUUGGCGGCCGAGUUUAGAGCCAAACUCGGAAACCCCAAAAUGGGACCCAUUUUGCUGCCGCCCCGGGAUUACGACACCAUUAGCCGAAAGCGAGGCAAACUCGAGGGCAUUGAGUACCGCAAGAGCACCAACACCUCGAUCGUGGGCCCCCCCGCCAGUCCACCACCAAACCCCGCAUCCACUCAUAAUAGGAGUUCUCUCCAGAGGUCCGAGUCGUCGGCGGUGCGACCAGUUGUCCGGCGAUCCUUUAACUCAUAUUUUUGCGAUGACUUUGAUGGACAGAGCAAUUACGAGCUCCAGGAGCUUCAGGUCACCCCCAGGUAUACGUUACACACCGACAGUCACGCCACCGAUGACCACAAGACAAUCGCUAUCAUCGGCUGCGGAGUCGGUGGCAGUUCUUCGGCUUAUUUCCUGAACCAGUUGUCCAAAACGGAUCCAUCGAUCGCCGGAUUAUCUGUGGAUCUGUACGACAAGUCCGGCGAAAUCGGCGGUCGAUUACUGACACAAGACAUCAAUGGCAAGUGGUAUGAGACGGGAGGCUCUGUUAUCCACGACCGCAACCAUUACGCCAAAGAACUGACACAGUUAUUGAGUUGA